AUGUAUAAACAAGUGCAUUAUUUGGGAUCAGUUCUUUUUGUGUUAUCUGUUGUUUAUGUGGCUAAAACAGUUUUCAGACAUUUAUUUGAUGACGAAAGUUCGCAAGUGGAUGAAUGGCUUGAGCAAAAUGAUCUUGGGGACUAUAAAAAGUUAUUCAGGGAAAAUGGUAUAUCGACGUUAUCGGGCUGCGGGUCCCCGGAUGCACUGGAGCGGCUGCCGGAGCUGCCGGCGUCCGAGGAGGAAAGACUGCGCAGAGCCGCCCUCAUUCUGCAGCAGCGGCUUAUACUGCGCCAGUGGCUUAUCACGCAUCGACUGCAACACGUAUACUCCAAAUUACUUAGUCUGGACGUGCUAUCCUUGGAGGAUGUGUACUGGCUGGAGGACUCCAAAGCCCGUUACGUGCUGGACCCCAAAGAUUUCGGCACGUGGUCCGCGGCGCGUCAGAGUCUGCCCACCGGCAGGGAGGCGCUCCAGACCCUCAAAGUGGAUCUCUGGAGUGCCGUUGUUAAGAACAGCAAGCAUCAGGAUGCGUGGACUUGGGGUGGCAUGCUGGUGGUAUCGGUGUCGUUGUGUGGUCUCGUGACUCUGGCAGCCAUGACACAGCCCUCGCUGGCGCCGGAAGCCAAGCACUCCCUGCUGCAGUACGUCACGGGGAAAUACCUGCAUCCGCCCAGCUGUAAGGUGGAGUGGGGCUGGGAGGAACCACAGCCGGUGGGCGAUACGAUGUGCUUCACCGUGCUCUGCUACCAACGCAACGGACAGCCCUAUCCCAUCUGCGACACAGAUGACCUCAGUGUCAGCAUCGCGCACGGCACCAGAAAGAUCACGGCUGUAGUAGAGCUGGGCUCUGACGACCCGGCGCAGGCGCACACGGCGCGCGUCAAGUUCACAGUGCGCACCGCAGGACUUUACAUCAUCUCUGUUCUGAUCGGUGGUGCACAGGCGGCGUGCGGGCCAUUCCGCAAGUGGUUCGCGGCGGGGCGGCCGGCGGCGCGGCGCUCGCGCGUGGGGCGCGCGCCCACUGCGCUGCUGUGCACCGCGGGCCGCGCGCGCACGCUGCACGUGCACCCGCGCGACCAGUUCGACAACCCGGCGCCGCUCGCCACGGUCAGUGCACGCUGCACACUACACGACACACACACGAGUACACCGCGGGCCGCGCGCGCACGCUGCACGUGCACCCGCGCGACCAGUUCGACAACCCGGCGCCGCUCGCCACGGUCAGUGCACGCUGCACAUGCACACUACACGACACACACACGAGUACACCGCGGGCCGCGCGCGCACGCUGCACGUGCACCCGCGCGACCAGUUCGACAACCCGGCGCCGCUCGCCACGGUCAGUGCACGCUGCACAUGCACACUACACGACACACACACGAGUACACCGCGGGCCGCGCGCGCACGCUGCACGUGCACCCGCGCGACCAGUUCGACAACCCGGCGCCGCUCGCCACGGUCAGUGCACGCUGCACAUGCACACUACACGACACACACACGAGUACACCGCGGGCCGCGCGCGCACGCUGCACGUGCACCCGCGCGACCAGUUCGACAACCCGGCGCCGCUCGCCACGGUCAGUGCACGCUGCACACUACACGACACACACACGAGUACACCGCGGGCCGCGCGCGCACGCUGCACGUGCACCCGCGCGACCAGUUCGACAACCCGGCGCCGCUCGCCACGGUCAGUGCACGCUGCACACUACACGACACACACACGAGUACACCGCGGGCCGCGCGCGCACGCUGCACGUGCACCCGCGCGACCAGUUCGACAACCCGGCGCCGCUCGCCACGGUCAGUGCACGCUGCACACUACACGACACACACACGAGUACACCGCGGACCGCGCGCGCACGCUGCACGUGCACCCGCGCGACCAGUUCGACAACCCGGCGCCGCUCGCCACGGUCAGUGCACGCUGCACACUACACGACACACACACGAGUACACCGCGGGCCGCGCGCGCACGCUGCACGUGCACCCGCGCGACCAGUUCGACAACCCGGCGCCGCUCGCCACGGUCAGUGCACGCUGCACACUACACGACACACACACGAGUACACCGCGGGCCGCGCGCGCACGCUGCACGUGCACCCGCGCGACCAGUUCGACAACCCGGCGCCGCUCGCCACGGUCAGUGCACGCUGCACACUACACGACACACACACGAGUACACCGCGGACCGCGCGCGCACGCUGCACGUGCACCCGCGCGACCAGUUCGACAACCCGGCGCCGCUCGCCACGGUCAGUGCACGCUGCACACUACACGACACACACACGAGUACACCGCGGGCCGCGCGCGCACGCUGCACGUGCACCCGCGCGACCAGUUCGACAACCCGGCGCCGCUCGCCACGGUCAGUGCACGCUGCACACUACACGACACACACACGAGUACACCGCGGACCGCGCGCGCACGCUGCACGUGCACCCGCGCGACCAGUUCGACAACCCGGCGCCGCUCGCCACGGUCAGUGCACGCUGCACACUACACGACACACACACGAGUACACCGCGGGCCGCGCGCGCACGCUGCACGUGCACCCGCGCGACCAGUUCGACAACCCGGCGCCGCUCGCCACGGUCAGUGCACGCUGCACACUACACGACACACACACGAGUACACCGCGGACCGCGCGCGCACGCUGCACGUGCACCCGCGCGACCAGUUCGACAACCCGGCGCCGCUCGCCACGGUCAGUGCACGCUGCACACUACACGACACACACACGAGUACACCGCGGGCCGCGCGCGCACGCUGCACGUGCACCCGCGCGACCAGUUCGACAACCCGGCGCCGCUCGCCACGGUCAGUGCACGCUGCACACUACACGACACACACACGAGUACACCGCGGGCCGCGCGCGCACGCUGCACGUGCACCCGCGCGACCAGUUCGACAACCCGGCGCCGCUCGCCACGGUCAGUGCACGCUGCACACUACACGACACACACACGAGUACACCGCGGACCGCGCGCGCACGCUGCACGUGCACCCGCGCGACCAGUUCGACAACCCGGCGCCGCUCGCCACGGUCAGUGCACGCUGCACACUACACGACACACACACGAGUACACCGCGGGCCGCGCGCGCACGCUGCACGUGCACCCGCGCGACCAGUUCGACAACCCGGCGCCGCUCGCCACGGUCAGUGCACGCUGCACACUACACGACACACACACGAGUACACCGCGGGCCGCGCGCGCACGCUGCACGUGCACCCGCGCGACCAGUUCGACAACCCGGCGCCGCUCGCCACGGUCAGUGCACGCUGCACACUACACGACACACACACGAGUACACCGCGGACCGCGCGCGCACGCUGCACGUGCACCCGCGCGACCAGUUCGACAACCCGGCGCCGCUCGCCACGGUCAGUGCACGCUGCACACUACACGACACACACACGAGUACACCGCGGACCGCGCGCGCACGCUGCACGUGCACCCGCGCGACCAGUUCGAUAACCCGGCGCCGCUCGCCACGGUCAGUGCACGCUGCACACUACACGACACACACACGAGUACACCGCGGACCGCGCGCGCACGCUGCACGUGCACCCGCGCGACCAGUUCGACAACCCGGCGCCGCUCGCCACGGUCAGUGCACGCUGCACACUACACGACACACACACGAGUACACCGCGGGCCGCGCGCGCACUCUGCACGUGCACCCGCGCGACCAGUUCGACAACCCGGCGCCGCUCGCCACGGUCAGUGCACGCUGCACACUACACGACACACACACGAGUACACCGCGGGCCGCGCGCGCAUACUGCACGUGCACCCGCGCGACCAGUUCGACAACCCGGGGCCUCUCGCCACGGUCAGUGCACGCUGCACACUACACGACACACACACGAGUACACCGCGGGCCGCGCGCGCACGCUGCACGUGCACCCGCGCGACCAGUUCGACAACCCGGCGCCGCUCGCCACGGUCAGUGCACGCUGCACACUACACGACACACACACGAGUACACCGCGGGCCGCGCGCGCACGCUGCACGUGCACCCGCGCGACCAGUUCGACAACCCGGCGCCGCUCGCCACGGUCAGUGCACGCUGCACACUACACGACACACACACGAGUACACCGCGGACCGCGCGCGCACGCUGCACGUGCACCCGUGCGACCAGUUCGACAACCCGGCGCCGCUCGCCACGGUCAGUGCACGCUGCACACUACACGACACACACACGAGUACACCGCGGGCCGCGCGCGCACGCUGCACGUGCACCCGCGCGACCAGUUCGACAACCCGGCGCCGCUCGCCACGGUCAGUGCACGCUGCACACUACACAACACACACACGAGUACACUGCGGGCCGUGCGCGCACGCUGCACGUGCACCCGCGCGACCAGUUCGACAACCCGGCGCCGCUCGCCACGGUCAGUGCACGCUGCACAUGCACACUACACGACACACACACGAGUACACCGCGGGCCGCGCGCGCACGCUGCACGUGCACCCGCGCGACCAGUUCGACAACCCGGCGCCGCUCGCCACGGUCAGUGCACGCUGCACACUACACGACACACACACGAGUACACCGCGGACCGCGCGCGCACGCUGCACGUGCACCCGCGCGACCAGUUCGACAACCCGGCGCCGCUCGCCACGGUCAGUGCACGCUGCACACUACACGACACACACACGAGUACACCGCGGGCCGCGCGCGCACUCUGCACGUGCACCCGCGCGACCAGUUCGACAACCCGGCGCCGCUCGCCACGGUCAGUGCACGCUGCACACUACACGACACACACACGAGUACACCGCGGGCCGCGCGCGCAUACUGCACGUGCACCCGCGCGACCAGUUCGACAACCCGGGGCCUCUCGCCACGGUCAGUGCACGCUGCACACUACACGACACACACACGAGUACACCGCGGGCCGCGCGCGCACGCUGCACGUGCACCCGCGCGACCAGUUCGACAACCCGGCGCCGCUCGCCACGGUCAGUGCACGCUGCACACUACACGACACACACACGAGUACACCGCGGGCCGCGCGCGCACGCUGCACGUGCACCCGCGCGACCAGUUCGACAACCCGGCGCCGCUCGCCACGGUCAGUGCACGCUGCACACUACACGACACACACACGAGUACACCGCGGACCGCGCGCGCACGCUGCACGUGCACCCGCGCGACCAGUUCGACAACCCGGCGCCGCUCGCCACGGUCAGUGCACGCUGCACACUACACGACACACACACGAGUACACCGCGGACCGCGCGCGCACGCUGCACGUGCACCCGCGCGACCAGUUCGACAACCCGGCGCCGCUCGCCACGGUCAGUGCACGCUGCACACUACACGACACACACACGAGUACACCGCGGACCGCGCGCGCACUCUGCACGUGCACCCGCGCGACCAGUUCGACAACCCGGCGCCGCUCGCCACGGUCAGUGCACGCUGCACACUACACGACACACACACGAGUACACCGCGGGCCGCGCGCGCAUACUGCACGUGCACCCGCGCGACCAGUUCGACAACCCGGGGCCUCUCGCCACGGUCAGUGCACGCUGCACACUACACGACACACACACGAGUACACCGCGGGCCGCGCGCGCACGCUGCACGUGCACCCGCGCGACCAGUUCGACAACCCGGCGCCGCUCGCCACGGUCAGUGCACGCUGCACACUACACGACACACACACGAGUACACCGCGGGCCGCGCGCGCACGCUGCACGUGCACCCGCGCGACCAGUUCGACAACCCGGCGCCGCUCGCCACGGUCAGUGCACGCUGCACACUACACGACACACACACGAGUACACCGCGGACCGCGCGCGCACGCUGCACGUGCACCCGCGCGACCAGUUCGACAACCCGGCGCCGCUCGCCACGGUCAGUGCACGCUGCACACUACACGACACACACACGAGUACACCGCGGACCGCGCGCGCACGCUGCACGUGCACCCGCGCGACCAGUUCGACAACCCGGCGCCGCUCGCCACGGUCAGUGCACGCUGCACACUACACGACACACACACGAGUACACCGCGGACCGCGCGCGCACGCUGCACGUGCACCCGCGCGACCAGUUCGACAACCCGGCGCCGCUCGCCACGGUCAUUGCACGCUGCACACUACACGACACACACACGAGUACACCGCGGGCCGUGCGCGCACGCUGCACGUGCACCCGCGCGACCAGUUCGACAACCCGGCGCCGCUCGCCACGGUCAGUGCACGCUGCACACUACACGACACACACACGAGUACACCGCGGGCCGCGCGCGCACGCUGCACGUGCACCCGCGCGACCAGUUCGACAACCCGGCGCCGCUCGCCACGGUCAGUGCACGCUGCACAUGCACACUACACGACACACACACGAGUACACCGCGGGCCGCGCGCGCACGCUGCACGUGCACCCGCGCGACCAGUUCGACAACCCGGCGCCGCUCGCCACGGUCAGUGCACGCUGCACAUGCACACUACACGACACACACACGAGUACACCGCGGGCCGCGCGCGCACGCUGCACGUGCACCCGCGCGACCAGUUCGACAACCCGGCGCCGCUCGCCACGGUCAGUGCACGCUGCACACUACACGACACACACACGACACACACACGAGUACACCGCGGGCCGCGCGCGCACUCUGCACGUGCACCCGCGCGACCAGUUCGACAACCCGGGGCCGCUCGCCACGGUCAGUGCACGCUGCACACUACACGACACACACACGAGUACACCGCGGGCCGCGCGCGCAUGCUGCACGUGCACCAGCGCGACCAGUUCGACAACCCGGCGCCGCUCGCCACGGUCAGUGCACGCUGCACACUACACGACACACACACGAGUACACCGCGGACCGCGCGCGCACGCUGCACGUGCACCCGCGCGACCAGUUCGACAACCCGGCGCCGCUCGCCACGGUCAGUGCACGCUGCACACUACACGACACACACACGAGUACACCGCGGGCCGCGCGCGCACGCUGCACUUGCACCCGCGCGACCAGUUUGA